GUCCAGCUCAGGAUUUCUACAACCCUCAUAUCUCCAGCCUCGCUGAGAUCUUCACUGAGCACCAGCCAUGAGGUUCCUCUACCUUGUCUUUGCUGUCUUCCUGCUGGUCUCCUUGGCUGUCCCAGGCUAUGGGCAGGUGAAGAGGUACUGGAUGUACUGCCCCAAGGAGGGGCACUGCUCCAGCAAGUGUGACAAGAGUUACAUAUGGACCACCUCCGCUGACUGCAAGUCCUCCUUCUGCUGCAUCCCAUACAACUGGCAGGGGAAAUAGGAGCUGAAGAGGAAGCACCUGGGGAAAAGGAGGCACCGCGGUGGCUUUGAGAGCAGCUUCUCAACUGUCUAACCCAUUUGUCACGCCCUCCUCUCGAUAAUUAGAAAGGGGAAAAUAAAGGAGAUGUAACUCUGG